AUGAGAUACGCCCAAAUAGUUCUUGGUCCUGCUGGGAGUGGCAAGACCACCUACUGCAAGGUGUUUCAGGACUAUUUGUUCUCAUGCAAGCGGAAUUGCUACAUCGUAAACCUGGAUCCAGCCACUGAGGAGAGCCUAGUGUUUGAAAAUGAGAAAAAUAAGGGAUAUUUGAAUCGAGACAAGGAUAAAGCGAGCACUUUCGACACCGACAUUCGCGACUUUGUGGACAUUGGCACCGUCGUCGAGGCCGAGGACCUGGGACCGAACGGAGCGCUCGUGAGGAGCGCAGAGAUGCUGGUGCAGAACCUGGAUUGGCUCUCGGAGCAGCUGGAGGCGACCUAUGGCGACGAGUCAUACCUGCUCUUUGACACCCCCGGGCAGAUCGAGUUAUUUUUACACAUCCCCUACGUUAAGUCGAUAUCGCAGCUGCUGCAGCGCUUGAACAUAAACUGCCUCGCAGUGUACCUUCUGGACGUCUCCUUCAUGAACGACCCCGCCAAGCUCAUCUCAGGCUCCCUCGCAAGCCUCGCGGCCAUGGUGAACCUGGAGAUGCCUCACAUAAACAUCCUCUCCAAGUGCGACCUGAUCUCAAACAAGUCAAACAAGUUCCAGAAACUUCACCUCUACAACGAUCAUUCAAACGGUGAAGCUGACGAUAACGAGAUUGAGUACGAGGAGUUUUACGAGAUGGUCAACAGGUCCAGCGACGACCUGGUAAGCAGCCUCGACAAGCACCUGCCUCAGAGGUACAAGAAGCUGAACUUCGCCUUCGCCUCACUCCUCGAGGACUUCGACCUCGUUUCCUUCAUGCCGCUCAACAUCAACGACGAGGAAUGCUUGGAGCAGAUCCUCGUGGCCACUGACGUGGCUCUCCAGUACGGCGAGGAGGCUGAGCCCUCUGCCAAAUUUGACCUUUCAGACACAAUAUAA